AUGACUAAACCUCAUCCCGAUACUCUUCCCAACGAGAUCAUCGUCACCCUCGACCAGCCUUGUGCUUGUAAUUUCCUCAAUGGCAACGCAUACGACCUCUGUGUGAUGCUCUUGGCUAGAGAGUAUCAAUCAACCUUCCUCCGAGUCCACCAGCAAAACCUCAUGCGUACUUCGGAAAUCCUCUUCGUCUCCUUACCUACCACUAUCAAACGUAAAAUCUCCCUUUACACCUUACCUCUUAUCACUCCCCCACCAAAGAUUCACUUCAGACCAUAUCCCACCAACUGGAUCAUCCAAGAAUGGAUUCACGAAUACGAUAUACACCUUGAAGAUUUGGUCGAUGAGAUUCAAAGAGUUGAAAAAAGAUUGGCGGACUUGAGAAGUAAAAAUAAAGACAGUAAAGUGAUCAGGAAACUUGAAGAAUUGGACGAUAAAUACCAAAAACAUCUUGUUGUCAAGAGAUCAGAUAAGAAAAAGGGGGAUGGAUUGGUUGAUUGUCAAUAUGUACCUAAGAAAGAGAAGUUGAACGUGGAUAGUAUCAAGCAAUUCACCAAAGAGACGAUGGAGAAGUACAAAGCGUUCAAGCUGAACGGUGCUGACGUUGCUGACGUCAACUAUCAAGAGGAGGAAGAUCAUGAACAUACGCCACUCGAUAUCGAUUUCCUCAAAUGGUUGAACACCUUCGAUAUGCCUUCUGAACUUCUGGAACAACCUGUUCCCGAAAGCUUCCUCAAAAGUAUGAUGGACACUGAAAUCAGAGGUUUCGAUCCUACUUCGUCAUUCGCCAAUCCGAGAUCCACUGGGGGGACAUCUCGAGGUAAACUGCCAAAUCCAGUAUCUAAGAUUGGUAAGAAGAGGAAAGUAAGUGGUCGAGCGGGACAGGAAGUUGGGUCAUCCGGUAUGACGAGUGAAGAGAAAGAGAAUAUCGCUGUGCUAGAGGUUUUGUAG